AUGUCAAGAAAAGAUAACGUCAGUGAUAGAUAUAUAACAACAGCAUUACACGAUGAUGUCGAUGCUACUCUCGCCAGGAUGUUGGACGAUAGUAAGCUGGCUGGAGGAUCAGUCAAUCCACAAUUCUGCGGAGAAUGUGGUCAGAGAUGUGGAUUGGCCUAUCCACAUCCAACAGACAAGACAAUGGUCUAUUGUCGUGAACACUAUGAGAAGCUGGUGGCUCCAGUGUGCGAGGGAUGUCUUCGUGCCAUCGUCGGUGAGAUCAACAUGCCCAGCAACGGUAAGAAGUAUCAUCCCGAGUGCUAUAGCGAGGAUCACAAGUGCUCUAGAUGUUCGAUGCCAGUCAUUGGCCAGUCUACAAUGGCACUCCGUAAGCACUGGCAUCCAAAGUGCUUCACAUGCACCUUGUGUAACACCAAACUGGGUGACACAUACGUCGACAGGAGUGGCAGUCCAUAUUGCACCAAAUGUAACUUGGAUCUAGCUGAUGGACAAAAGUCACGUGCCUUGCUUGAGGGGCAUGGCCAUAUCGUUGCCUCAACCAACAAGGAGGCUGCCGAAAGGAACCAAGUCAAGACUGACCUAUUUGACAAUGUACAAAAGGGCAAGGAAACAUGUAACUGGUGUAGGAAGAUCAUUGUCCCAGGCCCCUUCCAAACAGUUACUUUUGCCGGUGCACUCUACCAUGAGCAGUGCUUCAUGUGCACCACCUGUGGCAAGUCCAUCGGAGCAGAGCCCUUUGUCAACAAGAAUUGCGUGGCACAUUGCCAAGAUUGUGGCAAGAAGUCAUCAGUGGACUGUCAUGGAUGUCGCAAGCCGAUCACCUCCACCUAUACCAUUGCUGGCAACAACAAAUAUCAUCCAAAUUGUCUGGUGUGUAAGCAAUGUACAACAACAUUGGAGAAGGGUUAUGUUGAGAAUGCUGGACAGUUCUACUGUGGACCAUGCUCAAAGGGCAAAACAACAGUCACAACAUCACAGACCACCAACCUACCAGCAGGAAGAAAGGGAGGAUUCACUGUGGACCCUAGAUCAGGUAAGAAGACUUUUCAU